UUCUUUAUUAAGUAAAUUUUCAGAUAGAACCACAAAAAAUUAUUAUUAUUCUGAUUCAGGAGAAAAAACAUCAACAUCACUGAAAACUAAGAUAAAUUAUCGGGGUGUUAAAGCAUUAAAAGAAAGAGAAUAUACCAUAAAUCCUGAUGAAAAAUUCUUAGCAUAUUACACUCACAGUGGAUAUCAUAAUCAACGCGUGGGCCUUGAGAAUGCAUUGUUGCUUGCAAAAAUAUUAAACCGUACACUACUAAUGCCACCUGUAUUGCUUGGAACACCGUUACCAUGGAUAAGAUUUGAUAGAAUGUAUGAAAGAUUGUUUCUAGCCACAAAAAAAGGGUUACAACAUUGUCCCAAAGUGUCAAGAGAUUUUCCACUUCCCGCUGAAUGCUUAAAUUAUUAUUCAUACACAAGAGUUUCAUGGGAUUUCCUGUUGGAGAUGGAGCCUAUUAGAGAGUCGCAGAAAAUAAUUGAUCGAUUUGACCAUUCAUAUGAAUGGAUCGAGGAGAAUCUUAAUUUGGAUAUUUCCAAAGAUGUACGCUUUAUUAGAGAUAAAAAACUAUGGGAUUAUAGGAUAUUUGAUACAACAGGUAGUAGGAUAGAUAAUAGUAAUAAAUUUACAAGAUUCUUGUAUACUGACCAAUUGAAAGAAGACCCAAAGAAAUUGAUACAUUUUGGAUCGUUAUUUGGAUCAUUGAGGGUUGUACCAGAGAAACAUUCCAAUAUGCAAUAUCUUAAAUUCAUUAGAAAACAUUUAGUACCGAAUAAUCCAUUAGUAUUGAAAGCAACAAAAAGUAUAGUAAACAAAUUGGGAGGUGUGGGCAAUUUUAUAGGACUGCAUAUACGAGCAACAGAUGGGUUUUUCAUGAAAUAUGCAAGAUUAAAUAUUGACCACAUUUACCAUAAUUUAACAAACACGUUUACUAAACUUACACCAGAAGAAAUAGAUGUGUUGGAAGGUGGUACACACGAAAAAGAUAUUUUAAUAGAUGAGAGUGUAGACCUUGGUGAAGAUAAUCCUCAUGGUAGUAAUAACAAAGUUCCACAGAAACCACUUCAUCCAAGUGAUCCUGGUGUAAAUACAGUGAUAUUUUUAGCAACGGAUAUCAAAUCACCAAGAUCCAAUCAUUUAUUAUUUAAAUUCUUUAAUACAUUUCCAUGUGUAUUUGUACUUGGAGAUUUUGAAGAAGAUUUAACAGAGAUCUUGAGAGUUAUGAAUUCGGAUGACUUGACACCAUUGGCAGACUAUCUUAUACCAAUGUUAGAUGCUUUAAUAUCAUCUGAAGGCCAUUCAUUUUAUGGAACAGGGAAAUCAACAUUUAGUAAAUAUAUAAAGGACACAUUAUACCCAAUUAGUAAAGGUCAAGAAUUAGAAAUCCCUUUAAAUUUUUAA